CACACGUCGAUGGUCAGUGGCAGUGCAACGUGCGAUUUAUUAGAGAAAUAAAUACAAAAUAUAAAGACAAAUUUGUAGAACAACAAAAUCGGAAACGGGCGCCAGUGAGCGGCUGAGCGAGCGAGCGGGUGAGCGUGCGAGAAAAUUGCGACAGAGAAAUGAGACAAAUUUAGCCAAAACGAAGGAAGGAAAGAAAAUUUGUUGGUCGCCAGAGCAAACUGUUGCUGCUGUUGCUGCUGCUGCGGCUGCUAUCUCUUGGUGGCUGGGGCACUAGGGUGCUGGCUGCUGGUGGCAGUUUGUGUUUGAUGGGUGACGGUGCCAAAUGUUGAUCAUGACCGCGUAAAAAUACGUAUAAAUAUAAUUAAAACCGAGAAGAAAACAGAAAACAAUCGCACAGCAAACAAGUUUGAAACAAAAACUAAGGCGAAAAUUGUGUAACGGCAGCAGCAAGAUGAACAGAACGAUAUUGCACUGGAGCUACCUGAACUUCAGGGAUGUGCCGAUGGACCUGUUCCUGUACGAGGACCUGGAGGAGGUGUACCUCAAGGAGAACUUCAUAUCGGUGAUACCCCAGUGGCUGCUGAGCAUCACCACCCUCAAGUUUAUCCAUCUGGCGGGAAACAACCUCAGCGAGCUGCCCACAGACAUCUACAUGCUGGAGAACCUUGAGUUUCUCGAUGUCUCCAACAACGAGCUGAAAGAGCUGCCGCCCACACUCGGCCUGCUGCUGCGCCUGCAGCAGCUGAAUGUCUCCGGCAAUCAGCUGACACAACUACCGUUAGAGAUGAGCAGCUUGCGCAAUUUGGAGCAGCUGAACAUAUCCAAGAACCGAUUCCGCCGCCUACCCAUACAGCUGAGCGAAUGCGUGCGCCUCAACGAGCUCAAUGUGAGCGACAAUGAGACGCUGCUGCACAUACCCGAGCGCAUCGCUAACCUCCCCAUGCUGCAGUCCCUGGCCGCCGAUCGCUGUGCUCUCAUUUAUUUGCCGGCUGCGCUCUCCAAGUUUAUGAACCAUGUGCGCAUCUUUCACAACACGUCCAUCAACUACUUGCCGAUGAUCUACGAGAAGUUCUAUCAAAACUUCUACGACAAUCGCCAGAGAUUCACGCCCAUCUCCGUCAGCAGCAAGGGCCUGUUCUGGGUGCGGGAGUUGGAGACACGGAAACGCCUGCUGCUGCCAGUGGGCACGCGGCAGGUCUUUGAGGUGCCCUCCAAGGAGAACCGAAUCUCACUCUACGACGACUGUCUGCACGCCAUCCAAACGCUGAACCGGCAGGUGCCCGUCUACGAGAACACUGCGCUGCAUCGCCUGCUACCCGAGCCCUACAUGAGCUCCCAGAUCAAUAACGGCGCCAUUGCCCGCUGCACGACUUCCCAGUGCUCGCGAUGUUUGUACACUUCGUACUACUUCAUGGUUGUCAAGAGAUUUGGCAGCUCGUCGAAGCAGCUCUUCACAUGUAACUUUUGCACCAAUCGCUGUGCCAAUCUGUGGCUAGCCAGCAACAGCCGAAGGUACUACCAACUACCCUGGAGAGUGUCCGACGAUGACGACGAAGAUGUCGAUAAUGCUGUCAAGCACUAAAGGAAAGGAGCCAACCGCCUAAAUGUUGUACAAAUGCACUCAUCAUACACGUAGAAUUGUUUUAGUUACUCUCGUACCUCUAGUUAGUUGUGUAAAUGUCGUGUACUACUACUACUACUGGCAACCAGCGCCAACAAACACGUAAC